UUCACGAAAUAAAUUAUGAAGUUUGUUCUUACUGUUCAGUGUUCUUAAAAACAAUAAAAACCAAUAACCAUUAGCUAUUUAGUAUUUUUUCAUAGUAAUUUAUAUUAAAUGUAUUAUAAUAUAAUUAAAAUAGUGUAAUUCUUAAGUAGCCACUAACUGACUAACCUAUUAUCUCAUUAGGGCUUUUGGUAAAUACGUCUUACGUCAAUUGUCCACGUUUAAUAUAAAAUAUAAUUUAACAAAUUUAUUAUAAUGCUUCCUAUUUCUAAAACAUUUUUACCAUUGAACACACGAGGAGGAAAUAACAAACUACCUAUUAUCGGAUUUGGCACAUACACAAUUUCUGAUAGAAAAACAAUUUUAAGCGUCUUGGAUGUAGCACUUGGCGCUGGUUAUCGUCUAAUUGACACAGCAGCAGUAUAUAACAACGAGCAGUAUAUCAAAGAAGCACUUCAAGUGUUAUUACCAAAAUAUCAUCUGAAGCGUGAAGAUUUGUUUAUUACAUCAAAAUUAGCUCCUAAAGACCAUGGAGAUGAGAAGCAAGUAGCUGCUGCUGUACAAAGGUCAUUGGAUAAUCUAGGUACCAAUUACUUGGAUUUGUAUUUAAUUCAUUGGCCAGGAGCUGGACGUAUUGAUGCAAAAAGUCCUGAAAAUUCUAAACUUCGUACCUUAACUUGGAAGACUCUUAUGAAGUUACACGACAAUGGCAAUGGUUCACUUAAGAAUAUUGGGGUAUCUAAUUAUACCGUAAAACAUAUAAAAGAAAUGCUUGCUGAUCCAACUAAUAUUGUUCCUGCUGUUAAUCAGGUUGAAUUCCAUCCAUAUUUUCAACAAUCAUCUGAGUUUCAUAAAGUGUGCAGAGAUGCCAAAAUUGUUUUACAAGCAUAUUGUUCUAUGGGAGGAUCUGCUGGUAAAAAUUCAUUGUUAAAUGAUGAAGUAAUAAAUCGUAUUGCCAAAAAACAUUCCAUAAGUGCUGCACAAGUAUUAUUGAGAUGGGCUAUACAAAGAAAUUAUGCUAUUAUACCAAAAUCAGUUACUGCAGAAAGAAUAAAAACAAAUUUUGAUGUUGACACUGAACUCGCUAAGGAAGAUGUUGAUGAUAUUAAUAAUAUCAAGCACAAAGAAAAGUUUGCUUGGGAACCUGAAGUCAUUGCAUGAUGUUAGAAAUAUUUAUUUAUUUUUUAAUUGUAUGGCAUAGUAUUUUAUACAACAUGCCAUAAUUAAGUAUAACACCAUUCUGGUAUUCUAUUUUGUCAUUUUGGUUUUAAUAUUAGUGGCUAAAUAAUUUAUCAGUUACUCUAUACAACUUAAACUCAAUAACAAGAAGUUAACAUUGGUGAUAGGGAUAACAAGUUAUGUUAUUGUGUGCUGUUUAAUAGAUUUUGUUUACUGAUAAGCAAUACAGAUGAUCAAAACUAAUGAUACUAUUAUGAAAAAGUAUUGUUAUAUAUUUUUGUGUUAUUUAUAAUUGUUUAAUAUUUGGUUUAUUACAAUUUUUUAUUCACAGUGUAAUCCAAUUAAAUUUAGGUAUGUUAAUCAUUAUU